CCUGAACCGGAGCCCAUGGACACCCUGCCAACCCCGCUGUUGCCCGAGUAUCCACCGGACUGUCGCCAGAAUUGGAAUUCUACUCGAGAUGCUCUGACCAACAAAACUAUUAAGCCCUUAUUGAAUGCAUUCAACCAGAUUCCUGGAAGUGAAAAUGAAAAGAAAUGUACCCUGGAUCAAUCUUUCAGAGUUGUUCUAGAAGAGGAAAUUAUAAACCAAGCUUCAUGUGAAAAUGUCUUGGCUAUUAUUUCUCUUGCUAUUAAUGGAGUUACAGAUGGAAUCUGCACAGCAUCAACCCCUUUUGUGCUUCUGGGAGAUGUUCUGGAUUGCCUUCCUUUGGAUCACUGUGAUAAAAUUUUUACCUUUGUCGAAAAAAAUGUCACUACGUGGAAGUCUAAUACGUUUUAUUCAGCUGGGAAGAAUUACUUGCUGAGAAUGUGCAAUGACCUCCUAAGAAGAUUAUCUAAAUCACAAAAUACAGUCUUUUGUGGAAGAAUUCAACUAUUCCUUGCUAGAUUAUUUCCUCUUUCAGAGAAGUCAGGACUUAACUUGCAAAGUCAGUUUAAUCUGGAAAAUGUCACAGUUUUCAAUACUAAUGAACAAGACAGCACUUUGGGACAGAAGGUGAGAAUUAAUGUGGGACAGAAGCACAUAGAGGAGAGAGAUGAAGGAAUGGAAGUAGAAGAAGGUGAAAUGGGAGAUGAUGAAGCUCCUACAAGUUGCUCCAUUCCAAUAGAUUACAACUUGUAUAGAAAAUUUUGGUCGCUUCAAGAUUACUUUAGGAAUCCUGUACAGUGCUAUGAGAAGGUUUCAUGGAAGACAUUUCUGAAGUACUCAGAAGAAGUUUUGGCUGUUUUUAAAAGCUACAAAUUGGAUGACACUCAAGCUUCCAGAAAAAAAUUGGAAGAGCUAAAAACAGGGGGAGAACAUGUCUACUUUGCAAAGUUCUUAACUAGUGAAAAGCUAAUGGAUUUACAGCUGAGUGACAGUAACUUCCGCCGUCACAUCUUGCUGCAAUAUCUAAUACUAUUUCAGUAUCUAAAGGGUCAGGUAAAAUUUAAAAGUUCAAACUAUGUUCUAACUGAUGAACAGUCCCUCUGGAUUGAAGAUACUACUAAAUUGGUUUAUCAGCUUCUUUCAGAAAACCCCCCAGAUGGGGAAAGAUUCUCAAAAAUGGUAGAGCAUAUAUUAAACACUGAAGAAAACUGGAACACCUGGAAAAAUGAAGGUUGCCCAAGUUUUGUGAAAGAAAGACCAUCAGAUUCCAAGCCAACAAGACUUGUGAGAAAGAGGCCAGCUCCAGAGGAUUUCCUAGGGAAAGGACCAAACAAAAAAAUUCUCAUGGGGAAUGAGGAGCUAACUCGACUUUGGAACUUAUGUCCGGACAACAUGGAAGCUUGUAAAUCUGAGACUAGGGAAUAUAUGCCAACUCUGGAGGAGUUCUUUGAAGAGGCCAUUGAACAAGCAGAUCCUGAAAAUAUGGUUGAAAAUGAGUACAAGGCUGUGAACAAUUCUAAUUAUGGAUGGAGAGCAUUAAGAUUACUAGCACGCAGAAGUCCUCACUUCUUCCAGCCAACCAAUCAACAAUUUAAGAGUUUACCAGAAUACUUAGAAAACAUGGUAAUCAAAUUAGCCAAGGAGUUGCCUCCUCCUUCUGAAGAAAUAAAAACAGGAGAGGAUGAAGAUGAGGAAGAUAAUGAUGCUUUAUUAAAGGAAAACAAUGAAAGUCCUGAUGUACAGCGAGACAAACCCGUGACAGGGGAACAAAUUGAGUUAUUUGCUAUCAAGCUUGGAGAACAGUGGAAGAUUCUGGCACCCUACUUGGAAAUGAAGGACUCUGAUAUAAGACAGAUUGAGUCAGAUAGUGAGGAUGUGAAGAUGAGAGCUAAGCAGCUACUUGUUGCCUGGCAGGAUCAAGAGGGAAUACAUGCAACACCUGAGAAUCUGAUUACUGCGAUGAACAAAGCUGGAUUAAGUGACCUUGCAGAAAGCCUAAUGAAUGAUACAGAAAACAGUAGUUAAUUUAUUUCAGAUUGCAACUUUUUUAUUAAAACAAUUGUAAUUAUUGUUGCUAGGUAACAGAUCUGACACUUGCUAGGGCAGCUUAUGUUUAUUAAACAAUAAAAGCUUUCUAUAAUGGUUAGUUUUAUAAGCGUUUCGGAGAAGGAUUAGUAAUAGAGAUCCUUAAAUUAUGAAAAUGUAAAAGAGGAGAGCAAAGGUCCAGUGCAGUGUUCUGUAACACAUGCUGUAAUAGUUUAAGGGCCUGCCAUUUUUAGAGGGAGGGCCUUGUUUUGUUGCCAAGGGGAUUGAAAGCCUGUAUGUAAUGUGCACUUCCUUUAUAUGUAACUUGUAUGUAACUCGGGUUAUAUCUGAGUAAGAUGACAUGACUUGGGGGAUGAUAUAAGCUGGGGAAGACUCUGCUUCCCCAACCAGCUUGAUGUCGCCCUGCUUAUGCUCCACACUCACAUCCUUUCCUAACUGCUGUUCCCUUAUGACCCAGGGCCUGGGGCAGGCAGGGUCAGGGCUGCGGUGCAUACAAGACCCCUGUGCUGGGGCUGCACCAUGCUGCCCACCCUUCUGGCACUUGGACCAGGCUGCCUACCCAGUACUCCAGCUGUGCUGCCUGCCCAUUGUUGGGGCUGCAGGGGAGAAGAGGGGCUGGCUGCUUCAGUUGUGCUCCUGGCUCCAGUGUGGGAAGGAACACAGAAGUUGCAGUCCUCCAGCAGAGGAGGAAGGGCCAGGAGCCAGCUUCCCUCAAAGGUUUGUUCACUCGUGAUGGCCCCUAAUUAGGGAUUUGGUUGCUUGUGCAAAUGUUGGAGUGGAAUCAUAUGCAGGUCUCUGGCUUCCCUUCCUGAAAACUUGAUUGUCAGUAUUGUGUUACGUCAACUUAGGAAAAAAUGUUACUAGUCAUCUAGUAGGUGAUCUUCCUGCAAAGGAAAGCUGGUUUAAACUGCUAAAACUGCAGUGAAGCAGUGUCCUGGGGAGAAGUAGUGUUCUUUUCCCAGUGCUCUUUGGAUUUGGUGCAUAUUUGAGGUCUUGAUGUCUUUAUAUAGCAGUGGUCCCCAACCUUCAGAGGCUCCC